AUGAUUUGGAUAAGUCGCUACUCGGACCUGAGCAUAGUGGAUCUGCACAGUCGCAUGCGGGACGAUUUCGGACCCAUCCUCCGGAUGCCCGGCAUAUUGGGGCGCAACGACAUAGUGCUGUCGUUCAAUCCGGAUGACUACGAGAAGGUGUUCCGUACCGAGGGCGCCUGGCCCAUCCGGCGAGGGCUCGACUCGAUGGCGUACUAUCGGCAGAAGGUGCGGCCGGAAGUGUUUGGCGCGAUGGGCGGUUUGGUAACCGAACAGGGCGAAAGCUGGCAGAAGAUGCGCACGAUCGUGAACCCGGUGAUGAUGCAGCCCAAAACGAUCAAGCUGUACAUCGAUCAGGUGGACGAGGUGGCGAGAGAGUUUUUGGAGAUUCUGGCGAAAUUGCGCGACGCAAAACAGGAGUUGCCAGCUGAUUUCGAUCAGUGGCUGAACCGGUGGGCAUUGGAGACGAUGGGUGUGAUGGCGUUGGACACGAGGCUCGGUGUGCUGCAAACGGAGCAAACCGAAGAGGCAAAGAAGAUUCUGGCGUUGGUGAGGAACGUCUUCGAUUUAAGCUAUCUCGUGGACGUUCUGCCUUCGAUAUGGAAGUACUACAAAACACCGACCUUCAAGAAGCUAAUGGACACUUUCGAUGAAUUUACAGAUAUCAUCAUGAUCAAGGUUGAGCAGGCAGUGAAACGAUUCGAGAAGCACCCGACGUCCGAAGCAAACCAGAGCGUCCUGGAAAAGCUACUGAAGAUCGACAAGCAAGUAGGCAUUAUCAUGGCUUUGGAUAUGCUGAUGGUAGGAAUUGACACGACGUCCUCUGGCUCGAUGGGUCUAAUGUACUGUCUGGCGAAGAACCCCGAUAAGCAGGCAAAACUUCGCGAGGAACUUCGCACGGUGCUGCCGACCAAGGAUUCACCGCUGACGGCCGAAAAUAUGCGCAACUUGCCGUACAUGAGGGCGUGCAUCAAGGAGGGCUUGCGAUUGUAUCCACCGGUCGCGGGAACCUUCCGUGCCACGGGACGCAACAUUGUCCUGCAAGGCUACCGUAUUCCAAAGGAUACGGACGUAGCGAUGGGAGCGUUGGUCUUGCAGCACGAUGAACGAUUCUUCAUUCGGGCCAAGGACUACCUACCGGAGCGGUGGCUCAGCGAACGGGAAGCGAGCAUCCCGAACGCUAAGGAUACGAAUCCGUUCAUCUUCCUGCCGUUUGGUUUCGGUUCGAGAAGCUGCAUCGGGAAGCGGCUGGCCAUGAUGGAGUUGGAGAUCAUCACCGCGCGGCUUAUUCGCAAGUACGAGGUCCGGUGGAACUACGAAGACUUUAAGAUCCGGGCCACGUUGGUCAACAUCCCGGCGAACCCGCUGCGCUUCGAGCUGAAGGAGGUGGACGCGUAAGGGGACACUCCCUUUCGACCGUAAUUUUAAUUUUACGACAAGUGACUGCUUUUUAUCUCAACUAAGAAAUAAACAUUUUACACAGUGA